AUGAACGAGAACGGCGGUGUGCGGCACUGGCACGCCGACGUGAACGGCGUGUCCCUGCACGUAGCCGAGCAGGGCCCCGCCGACGGCCCGGCGGUGCUCCUCCUGCACGGCUUCCCGGAGCUCUGGCUGUCGUGGCGCCACCAGAUGGCCACGCUCGCCGCACGCGGCUUCCGUGCCCUGGCUCCCGACCUCCGCGGCUUCGGCGACUCUAGCGCCCCGGCUGACCCUGCAGCCUACACCAUCCUCCACGUCGUCGGCGAUGUCGUCACGCUCCUCGACCACCUCCGCCUCACCAAGGUGGUGGUGGUGGGGCAUGACUUGGGCGGCCAGGCGGCGUGGCAUCUGUGCCUGUUCCGGCCGGACCGGGUGUGCGCCGUCGUCGCGCUGGGGGUGCCGUUCUUCCCACGCUCCCCUGGACCCGUGUCGGAGAUGUUCGCGGCGCGCGGCGAUGGCUUCUACAUCACGCAGUACCAGGAGCCUGGAAGAACUGAAAGAGCAUUCAAUCGGUACGCUGCUGCAACCGUCCUAAAGAAGUUCUACUCAAUCAAAUUUGAUGACCUCACUGCUCCUCCUGGAGUCGAGAUUAUAGACUUUUUGGAAUCAUCAUCAUCCCCACUUCCUUGGAUGACCGAGGAAGAACUGGGUCAGUACGCCGAGAAGUUUCAAAAGUCUGGCUUCACCGGGCGCUCAACUACUACCGCAUGA